GCUCGAUAUACAGGCGGACUGGUGUCAUUUAUGAGGUGGGAGUUUUUCAACUACAUAUGAGCUGCUGGCUUCGAUAUUUUAUUACAGUGAACCAUGUUGCGCCUCGCUCUAGCCCUGCUGGUGCUGUUUGCAGAGAGUUAUGCUUUACUUCACGAAGCACCUUUGUACAGAGCCAACCGCGCCCAGAAAAGCAUGGGAAUGGGGAAAUACUUCAUUAAAUUAAAGGACGGGCGCGAUGUUGAUGCACUCGUUACUUCACUGUCACAGUCUCACGGUCCUUUGCGGAGAGGGGGUGGUGAAAGGGUCCUGAACCAACAUAAAGAUGUCAUCCAGGGGCUGGAAGCAAGACUACCCUUAGCCCUGAUGAAUGUGAUUCGACGCAGAGGCGAUGUAGAGUACGUGCAGGAAAUUGGUGCAGUACAACUCGGCCAAACUCCAGCCCCACUGUGGAAUAUUGACCGAAUCAACCAGGACGCGCUGCCGUUGGACGGCAACUACGACAUAGAAGGCACAGGUGCAGGAGUGACAGCGUACGUGAUUGACACCGGAAUCAAUCCGACCCACCAGGAAUUUAAAGGAAGAGCGCAGAUUGUGUUUGAUUCUUUCAAUGCAGAUGGCAAGGACUGCAAUGGCCAUGGUACGCAAGCAGCGGGCAUCAUCGGAGGCGCCAACUUUGGCGUGGCUAAAAGGGUCAACCUGUCCUCUCUGAAAGUGUUUCCUUCGUGCUCGCUAGAAACGGAUGAGGGUAGUGUCGUAGCAGCCUUUAACUAUCUGGUGACAAGGAUCAAACAGCCGGCUGUGGUGUCUACAUCGAUUUACGUGCCUGGCGGUUCUCAGUACUUGGAUGAUGUAAUACGUAGCUUUAUUACCAAGACAAACGUCACCGUGGUUGCCUUGGCAGGAAACUACAACUACAAUGCCUGCACCGACUCGCCCGGCAGAGUGGCUGAGGUUUUGACAGUGGCCGCGACGGAUGAGCAGGAUAGGCGGGCUUCUUUCUCUAACUACGGCACUUGUGUGAACCUCUAUGCCCCCGGUGAACACAUCCUGUGCGCCACGUACACAGAUGGCGGGUACAACUACAUGACGGGGACGUCUGCCGCAUGCCCACAUGUGGCCGGCGCUGUGGCUUUACUCCUAGAGAAGUCCCCCGACCUAACGCCCCGUGAUACCCAUGAGCGGAUACUGCAGCAAGCUACACCGGGAGUGGUCCAAGACACCAAGGGAGGACCCAACCUCCUGCUCCGGGUCAACCACUCCUCCCCAACUGCCCAAUAAGUGCCUUAAAUAGCACGGGCAAAGGCCGUGUCCGUUCCAAAGGGCUUCCCAGGCUUCGGCUACUGUCAGCGCGUCUCCGCUUUCUUCAAAUGAUGCAAAGCUUACAGCAAGCUCUAAACAGAUCCGGGUGCAGCCAAAUACUCGUCCUUGAGUACACGUACUCACAAACUACGGGUGUUUAGGGGAAACGUUUUCUUAAUUCACCAUUGAUUGCAAGUUUGAACGUUUUCUUAAUUCACCAUUGAUUGCAAGUUUGAGGUUGGACAUAUUUUUAAUUAAAAAUCCUUGCUUUUGGAUGGAACUGCAUGAGGGAUGAAAAUUGAUUCUGGUGUUUUUCAUUCUUUGUCGUAUUUGAUGGGAUAUAUAUAUAUUUUUUGAAAAGGUGGUGAAAGACGGUGUUAUGUAGGACAGGGCGAGUAGUGGAUACACCUGAGAAGGCACCAAAACAGAUUUGAACUUUCCUUCAAAGGAUUUCAUAAUCUUUGCAAUAGACAGCCUUACAUUUAUGACCCUAAAAUUCCUCCCUCAAUCAUGCUGACUUUUUUGGCACCGGAAGUCAAACUCUUCCAAAAGCCUCGUUCAUUUGCGUCAAAUAUGUGUAUUUUGACAUUAAGACGAACUUGACGGCAUAAAAAAAUAUGCGCUCCUGUGACAAUCGGGAAAAUAAAUAACAUGAGGUUGAGCAAUGUCCCCCCCCCCGCAGCCAUUUGAUAACUGAAGCUAAGUUACUGUCAGUAAUAAGCGCCAGAAUACAGGACAACUCAAGAAUCUGAGAGAUAAAACCAACAGUGUUGUGAAUCAUGAUCACCAAGCAGCGAUUCGCCUUAUAAAUUUUCCCUCUGAACUGAGAGAGCACAGCCCACUGGCUCGAUGGUACAACAUAACAUGAAAGGCGACAAGAAAUUACAAUCUUGGACAAGAAAAUGUCAUCUUGCAAAUGAAGUAAAGAUAGAAGUUAAUCGAUAGAGGUAAUAUUUUCAGAUCAAAUCUUCACUUUUGAAAGGGCAUUUUUAAUAUUAACACAUGUAUAUGUUCAUUUUCUUUUACUGAUUAAAAAGUGCAGAUUUUAACAUCUUGACGUAGCUACAUGUAAUUCAUAGCACUGAGUGAACUGAGGGAACAUUUGGACAGUCUAAAGAUUCAGGUAUCUAAGAAUUCAGGUAACGGUCAAAGACGGUGUAUUACUAAUCUCUGCAAAUUUCUCACGAUUCGGGUUUUGUUUAAGCUCCAAUCAAUGUGCUUCAUUGCAGAUCUUUACAAUGCAACUUUGUGUGUCAGUGAACCUUAUUUUCCGCUUUUGUUUCACUUUUUUAAGGGUAUUUACUGUAUUUUUGACUUUUAUGCUGAGUAUUUUAACAUUCUUGGGCAAUAGUGUGAUAUCAACCUGGGAGGACCAGAUUUUACUGCCCUUUUGGUCGUAUGCUAAUAAUAUAUUUCCAUAUUCAGGAGCAAAAUGUAGUGAUGUCAUCCCGAGAAGAAAGUCUCGAUGUUGCAUUUGGUUGGAACACAAACAGUCCUGCAUUUUUGUAGAAUUUUGCUAGACUAAACUUUCUCUUUUGUGCUGAUUCUUGCUAUAUGCAUAACAAAAGGCAAGCAUCAAUCCCAAUACACCGAAAUACGUUAUCUUUCGUGAGGCAAGUUCGAUCAAGGACCAUAGGUAGCCAUAGUUCGACUAUCUCUGAUCAAACGCACGUUAUUUGACGAUGGUUGGACUAGUCUAGUCAACUAUUCGCGACUAGCCUGCGAGGUUGGUCGCAUCGU